AUGGAGCGUUUACGACGUGCGGGCAAUUUGAAAAAUUUCUGGUGCAGUAUAAUUAAGGAGCGCGAGAAGACACGAGAACUUUUAGCAUACGAAACUAAGAAGAAUCGUAUUCUUUUGGAACUUUCCGAAGUUGAUAAUGACAUAAUAACAAAGAGGACCGAGAUUGAAAAAAUCUCUAACGAAUGGCAAAGUGAGGAAAGUCUAGAUCUAUCACUUGAAAUCGAUGCAGAUGUUUCUGAGAUGGAUCUUUCUUUCUCACAUGCUAGUGGUUCAGGUUCUAAAUUUUCUCAGCUUGGGGAACAAUCUGAGAUCACGAUAGAAGACCCUGAGGAUGAGGUCCGUUCUCCUGGCAAUAUUGUAGGUGAAGACUUCAAUGGAACAAUAGAUAAUGAAAUAAGUAUUAGUACUGCUGUGGGUGACGAUUUUAAUGGAGAAAUAGGUGAAGAGCCUAGCGAAGGAGACAAUAAUUUCCCUACUGUGGGUGACGAUUUUAAUGGAGAAAUAGGUGAAGAUCCUAACGAAGGAGACAAUAAUGUCUCUACUAAUACUGCUGUGGGUGGUUCAGUGUUUAAAAACAUCCGACAAAAAAACAAGAGGAAGAGGUCAAUACUACCUUUAACUCCAGCCCGUGAAGUUAAUCCUCGAAAUAAGAAACGGGUUAACUAUAACUUAGGGUCACCAUCAAGGAAACGUCGGAAAAAGCCCGUUCUACAAUCAUCACCACCACCGCAAUCACCAUUGUCACAAAUAUCUCUACCACCACUAUCACCGGCACCUUCUUUACCCAUUUGCUUAAAAUGCCCUCAACAUUGCUUUUAA